AUGCACGCACAUAUAAUACAUGAAAAGUCUAUGAUAGGUUAUAUUGCAUUUAAUCAGUCAGGUUUCAGGUUAGAUUUGAAAAUCAAAACACACUCGUAUUGUAUGUCGGUGGCGUCGUCUGCACAUCUAAAUUUUGAUUAUACACUGGAAAUAAUCGUGCUAGAAAUCUUUAAUAAAAUGAGAGUUCUGGAAUUAUUCAGUGGUAUAGGAGGAAUGCACUAUGGUUUACAAGAAAGUACUGUUGAUAGCACAGUUGUUAUGUCCAUAGAUAUAAAUACAAUAGCAAACAAAGUAUAUCAAUAUAAUUUUCCUGGAACAAAAAAUAUUAGUAGAAAUAUUGAAUCUCUCACGAAAGAAGAAAUAGAAAAAUUAAAUAUCAAUUGUAUUCUAAUGAGUCCACCAUGUCAACCAUUUACAAGAGUAGGAUUGAGAAAAGAUUCUUGUGAUAAAAGAUGUUUAGCUUUGCUACAUAUUCUCAAACUCAUUCCUGAAAUUCAAAACUUACAGUACAUUCUCUUAGAGAAUGUCAAAGGAUUUGAGAAAUCUCGAGCAAGAGAUGAAGUUGUAGACUGUUUGAAAAAAGCAGAUUUCAAUUAUAAAGAGUUUAUUUUAAGUCCUUGUCAGUUUGGCAUUCCAAAUUCAAGGCAUAGAUACUAUUUAAUGGCUAAGAAAUCCAGGCUCAAGUUUAUUUUUAAUAAUUCAAAUUUGAUUACUUCAAUCCCAGAUAAAGUUUGUGAAUUGCUUCCAUCAUCUAAGUACAAAUCAUUGAUUAGACAAACAUCAGACUCUAAAAAUGAAAUCAAACAAUUUCAAAUUCAAUAUAUAUUAGAACAAAAUGUGAGUCCUAAUUAUUUAUUGCCCGAAAAAAUACUCACAAAACAUUGCGGUAUUCUAGACAUAAGAACUCCAGAAUCAAAAGGAUCUUGCUGCUUUACAAAAGCUUACAGCCAUUAUAUGGAAGGAACUGGCUCAGUACUUUCACUUAACACAAAUGCAGAUGUUAAGAAAAUACUCGAAGAAUUGAAAAUUAAUACAGAUAUAACUGAUAACAAAUUAAAAGUGUUGCAUAAUUUAAAGUUAAGAUACUUUACACCCAAAGAAAUUUCUAGAUUGAUGUCUUUUCCAGAGACCUUUGGAUUUCCAAGUGAUAUUACAAAUAAACAAAAGUAUAGAUUGUUGGGCAAUUCAAUCAAUGUUCACGUUGUUGGCCAAUUAAUAUAUUUAUUGCAUCUUGAUAAAAAUCUUGAAUAAU